CACACAUCUCUGGAAGUAACUAGUGGCACCACACAAAACAACCUCAAAAUUCUACUACCUUUUUUGUGCUUGACCAUGAUAGUUUUCAGACACAUACAUGCACAAACACACAAAUACAGACACUCUUUUCAUUUCCAAAAUCAUUCCAACAACUACUCUCUCGAGUCUUAACCACUGACUGCUAACUGUUUCACUUUUUCAACUAACCAUGAAAAUGUCUCAGACAUUGCUGCGGAUACCCUUCACUACAACAUCAACAACGUUAAUUCACUGUCAAAAUUCUAUCUUUAGCUCAUAUGGUAAAAGGGUCUCUGUGUUUGGCUACAAAAGUCUCAGAUUUACAGAUUUUGCUUGCAGCACUUCAGGAGCUUCUGUUUCUUCAUCUGCGGCGAGUCCUUCAACGCCGCUCCUUGAUUCUAAUUCUGGUUUUGAUUCUGUUGUAACUCAGGAGAUGCCAUGGAAGCUGGACGGGAUAGAAGAGGGCAUUGAAAAGGUGAUUUAUAGAUGCCGGUUUCUUGCUAUUCUUGGAGUUUUUGGGUCUUUAAUUGGAUCAUUUCUAUGCUUCAUCAAGGGAUCCACAUUUGUUGCAAGGUCUUUUUUGGAAUACUUUGUAAACCGCAAUAAAGUAAUCCAAAUGUUGAUAGAAGCUCUUGAUGUCUAUCUUUUAGGAACAGUAAUGCUGGUAUUUGGAAUGGGUCUCUAUGAGCUCUUUGUCAGUAAUCUUGGUAGUGCAAGCUCUCUGCCAGAUCAAAAACCUUCUGAUAGAUCAAAUCUAUUUGGCUUAUUCACUUUAAUGGAACGACCGAAAUGGUUGGAUAUAAAAACUGUGAAUGAACUGAAAACCAAGGUUGGUCAUGUGAUAGUGAUGCUGCUUCUGAUUGGGUUGAUUGACAGAAGUAAGAAGGCUACUAUACAAUCUCCUUUGGAUUUGCUUUGCUUCUGUGCUUCUGUCUUUCUUUCUUCUAGUUGCCUCUUUUUGCUGUCCAAGCUGAAUGAGCCUAAUUAACUUUUGCAUAUACAUGUUUAAGGAGAAAGUUAGAGGAUAAGAAGUGAUAUACAUGCUUGGUAUUUACUCAUAUUAUGUAUAUAUAUUAGGAUGAAUAUGUAUCUAUCUUGGUCUCUUCACUUUACAUAAUAAAUAAGUUGAUGCUAAUUAUGUGAAAACACCAAAAAUGUUACUUCGAGUUAA